AUGUUACGAACAGCACCUCAGCGCUUGCAAAAGGGAUUAUGCUCACCAGCCGCGACCACUGCAGGCCAACUCCGGAGAGCCUAUGUGGGCAGCAAAUCUGAUCCGCCCGCGGGAUCCCAACAAGAAGGGGACGCGUCUGGGAAAAAGCAUUACACUACGCCAGAUGAAACGAAGAGCUCGGAGCCCAAGAAGAAGAAGACUAUUGCAGAGCUUGAUGAAGAGAUGAAGCGGAAGAUGUCAGGCCUGUCUGGGGAUGGAGGCGAGGCGGGCAUUGAGUACGAGGAUGGCCAACCCGUAGCCAUGAAAAGAAGUGUCAAGAACAACAUGUUCCGAUAUAUAUGA